GAGUCUUGUGCUGCAGAUGACCAUAUUAACAACAUCCGUGCUCCAUAAUAUAUACUCCACAUCCCCAGGUUGCUAUACCCCACGAUUUAUAACACCACCAUCACAAGGCUUAAGAUAUCUAUAUCUAGCACCAACCCCGAUACCAGAAAUCAAAUAACCAAAAAGGCGAAAAAGAAAAAGAAAAAAAAUGGCCGACCACCCCCAAGUAACCCUAUACACCUAUUUCCGUUCCUCCUGCUCCGCCCGUCUACGCAUUGCGCUCGCCCUGAAAUCCAUCCCGUACACCUCCGUCCCCAUCAACCUCCUCAAAGACGAGCAAGGCUCCCCGCAAAACACAUCCGUCAACCCCUCAGCCACCGUCCCCACCCUGAUAAUCCAACGAACCGUCCCCACUAACAACAACAACAACAACAACAACAACAACAACAACCCACACAUCAUCACAAUCACCCAGUCCCGCGCGGCCCUGGAAUACCUCGACGAAGCCACCGAUCUCGCCCCCGCAACCGCCCCGAAGCUCCUCCCGCCAGCAUCCAACCCGGAAGCCCGCGCCCUGGUGCGCACCCUCUGCGACAUCAUCGCGUGUGACGUGCAACCGGUCACGAACCUGCGGAUCCUGAAGCGGGUUGCGCCGUUGGGCGUGGACCGCGCGGCGUGGUCGAAGGAUUUGAUCGAGGCCGGGUUCCGCGCGUACGAGGCGCUCGUGGUGCGUUCGGCGGGGGUCUUUAGCGUUGGCGAUGGCAUUACCAUGGCGGAUUUGUGCCUGGUUCCCGCGGUCUGGGGGGCGCAGCGUGCGGGGGUGGAUCUGGGCCGGUUCCCUACGAUCAAGAGGGUCGUGGAGAGGUUGGAGAUGGAGGAGGCUGUGCGGAAGGGGCAUUGGAUGACGCAGGAGGAUACUCCGGAGGAGUUCCAGGUUUAGAAAGUUCUUUCUUUCUUUCUUUCUUUCUUACAGGGAUUCAAGGGUGGAGAGUGAGUUUUGUCUAUUUCGUAUUUCAGAUUGAGAUCAUACCUACUUUAACUCAUUAUGGAAUAAAUACUAUAUCCCAAAUAUAUAUAUAUAAAGGAAACCAAGUUUAAAAUUCAAGCUUUACAGCUGGCAGGAUGGUCCCCACGCAGUCUCCGAAUCCCACAUAGUUUCCUUCCGUACCUGCCAUUCCACGGAGAAUGACAGUGUCCCCGUCCUCCAGGAACAAGCGCUCGGAUCCAUCAGCAAGCUUGAUCGGGUUCUUC